CACUGACAGUAUUGCAGCUGUGCCCCUCAGCGCAGCUGUGGAUGGAUUUAAGUCACAUUUGGUCUUCAAAGAGAUUGAAAAGAAACUUGAAGAGGAAGGAGAGCAAUUUGUCAAGAAAAUUGGUGGAGUCUUUGCCUUCAAAAUAAAAGAUGGUCCUGGUGGCAAAGAAGCAACUUGGAUAGUAGAUGUGAAAAAUGGUAAAGGCUCUGUAGCAGUUAAUUCAGAUAAGAAGGCGGAUUGUACAAUUACAAUGGCUGACACUGAUCUGUUAGCUCUCAUGACUGGCAAAAUGAAUCCUCAGACAGCAUUCUUUCAAGGCAAAUUGAAGAUCUCAGGGAACAUGGGCAUGGCAAUGAAACUUCAGAAUCUACAGCUUCAGCCAGGCAAAGCUAAACUUUGAGCUCCUUAGAGAAAACAGUCAGUACUUGAUAUUCUUCACAAUAAAAAGUAGAAUGAAACUAGGCAUUAUCAAUAACAUGAUGCAGGCUGGGUUUGAUUGGACCUCUCUCACCGAAAUUAUGUGGUUAGAGACCUUAAUUCUCUUAAUAUAUUCCAUCAGUUUCUCUGUGGCAGAGAUUUUUAAGCUAAGCUUGAGGCACUAACUCUUACAAGUGGUAAAUGGUGGGUAUUUGUGACAAUUUUGUUUUAAUCAGUAUGAAAAGUUU